UGUGUUGAUAGUUUUAUCCAUUUUUUACAUCCAACAAUUAUUAGGCAGAAGAAUUGUAGCGGUAACUGCAUCGCUUUCCACUGUUUUAUUCUCAUUUAUUAAUAAUAUAUACGCCGAUAUCGACCUGAUCUUAAAGUUGACAGCUUUCUAUCAUUAUUGUUGGAGUCAUCUGAAACUCGACUAGCUCACGGGCCAGUUUCUAUAUCAACGAGGAAACGUCUACAUAAGGUCAAACACUGGAAGAGUAACUUUAAAGCAGCAAGUACACGCAGCGUGUUGUUGAUGGAACUUUACCGCGUCCCCUGACUGAAUGACCGACUUCUUGUCCAACCACAGCUCGAGGUGACGUGGAGACCCGCCCACUCGCGUCCCUUCGAAGUGCUUGGGCCAAUCAGCGCGAGCCAACGUUUGUUCAGCCAUUUUGUAAGAAAACCAAGCACGUCUGCCGCCCUACCUUCUCUUCAGACCUGCGCUUUUUUUCUUGUGCAAUGGACGGCCGCUUAGACACUGACUUGUACCCUCUGGGAUCUGGUUACGUCCCUGAAAUUGAAAGUGUCCAUGACAUAUCAGUUGGCACAAAGAGGGGAUCUGACGAACUCUUUUCUUCGUGUAUAUCCAACGGACCCUAUAUCAUGAACUCAGCCAAUGGCAACGACAACAAAAAAUUCAAAGGUGACGUCCGCAGCCCUGGAGUUCCGUCACGUGUGGUGCACGUACGCAAGCUACCAAGUGACAUCAAUGAGGCUGAGGUUAUUGGCCUGGGUUUGCCCUUUGGGAAGGUGACUAAUCUGCUGAUGCUCAAAGGAAAAAACCAGGCUUUUCUGGAGUUGAACAGUGAGGAAUGUGCACAGACGAUGGUCAGCUACUACUCAUCUGUCACGCCGAUCAUCAGAAAUCAACCCAUCUACAUGCAGUACUCCACCCACAAAGAGCUGAAGACCGACAACUCACCCAAUCAAGUGCGCGCUCAGGCUGCACUGCAGGCAGUCAAUGCUCUUCAAGGAGGCGGCAUUGGAGGCAUGGCCAUCGCCGCUGAUGCAAGUACGAUGGCCGCUGCUGCCUCUCAAAGCCCCGUCCUCCGAGUCAUUGUGGAAAAUCUCUUCUACCCAGUGACUCUCGAUGUUCUCCACCAGAUUUUCUCUAAGUUUGGCACCGUGCUAAAGAUUAUCACCUUCACCAAGAACAACCAGUUUCAGGCUCUGAUCCAGUAUGCUGAUGGCGUGACAGCUCAGCACGCCAAACUGUCUUUGGAUGGUCAGAACAUCUACAAUGCUUGUUGCACCCUGAGAAUUAGCUUCUCCAAGCUGACUAGCUUGAAUGUCAAGUACAACAAUGACAAGAGCAGAGACUACACCAGACCAGAUCUGCCAACUGCCGAUUCACAGCCCUCUCUUGACCACCAGACCAUGGCUGCUGCUGCAUUUGCUGCCCCAGGUCUCAUCUCUGCCUCUCCCUAUGGAGGAGCCCAUGCUUUCCCUCCGACCUUUGCCAUCCAGCAAGCAGGUCUGUCGAUGCCUGGUAUUCCCGGUGCUUUGGCGUCUCUCGGUGUUGGGCACAGUGGCAUGGCUGCUGCGGCAGCUGCUGCUAGCAGGCUGGGCCUGCCAGGCCUUGCUACAGCUGGAGGCCACAAUGUCUUACUAGUCAGCAAUCUUAACCCUGAGACCGUUACGCCACACUGCCUCUUUAUUCUUUUCGGUGUGUAUGGCGAUGUGAUGAGGGUAAAGAUUCUUUUCAAUAAGAAGGAGAACGCGCUGGUCCAGAUGUCCGACGGCACACAAGCUCAGCUCGCGAUGAGUCACCUGAAUGGCCAGCGCCUCCAUGGUCGAGCCAUGCGUGUGACGCUGUCCAAACACACCACAGUGCAGCUCCCCAGAGAAGGUCAUGAGGACCAGGGGCUCACUAAAGACUUCAGCAACUCGCCUCUGCACCGCUUCAAAAAGCCAGGCUCCAAGAACUACUCCAACAUCUUCCCACCAUCUGCCACACUCCAUCUGUCCAACAUCCCGCCUUCUGUGAUGGAGGAUGACCUCAAGAGGCUUUUUGGCAGCUCUGGAGCCACCGUCAAGGCCUUCAAGUUCUUUCAGAAGGACCGCAAGAUGGCUCUAAUCCAGAUGAGCUCCGUGGAAGAGGCCAUCGAGUCCCUGAUCGAGUUCCACAACCAUGACCUGGGAGAAAACCACCACCUUCGAGUGUCCUUCUCCAAGUCCACCAUCUGAGUGCCUCCCGAUCGAUCUCACCUCUGAUCGCUCCUUUGCUCAGGUUGCUUUCAGUGGAGCUGAUAUUUAUGUGGAGUUUUUCUGCUGAAACCUGGUGCUUCCUUCAGACCCCCCACCUCUUGUCGCCACACAGUCCGCUCUAGAGCAGACUUGUCAUGACCCUUGUUUCCAGAUUUUGAACCGACACAUUCCCACUAGGGUUGAAGGAAGCACACAGUGCUCAGCCCUCUUUUUAGUUGUUCGAUGGACCACCACACAGACCAAAACACUCAUACACUUCCACGUUAAUCUACAGCAGACGCGCAACAUUCCUCACACCACAGCGGUGUGUCCGUUCCUCCUUUGUGUUAUCCAUGCCACUUUUGAGACGUUGGUCAGUCCAAACGGUUCCAGAAGGAUCUUGUAUUUUCUUUCCUCUGCUGAUACAGGGCUCCUGGCCGCUGUAGCUGAAUCUUUUAUCACAGGCAUGUGCCUUAUGAUGGCUUUUUUUUGGGGAGCAGAACUCCCUCCAGAACAGCCUUAUUUUCUCAGAUAUAUAUCUAUGUACCAGCAUAAUCGAACGUGGGUAAUCUUUCUUUUAAGAAGACACAAGUGCUUAUCGAGGAACUUGUUUGCCUAUAUCCCUUUGAUGUUAACGGAUUUAAAGUCAGAUUGAUGCUCUUAUAAUCUGCUAGACAACAUGGCUCUGAGGUGACAGGAGUGGAGCGGUCUAGCUUCUUAUUUAAGCCUUCAUUUAUUCCUCUCACGCGGCCCGUGCUUCUUCGUGGCCUCCAUGUUUAUGUAAUCGUACAUGUAUCUUUUCUUUGUGUUGACAUUUACACGCGUAACUGUAGAAAGCCUUCCCGAGUCUAUAUGUAGUCGCUGAGUUUGUAGUUUGUCACAGUGCCUUGUCUUUUCUAAAUCGGAGGCAGAUAGUUUACUGGCCUUACUUUGUUUACUUGAGAGGCGUUUCGGAAGAUGCCUUGAUCCUGUCACAUUCAGCUACCUGGAGGGAGUCGAACCCAGCGCGUGUGAGCGGACAGACGUCCUGUAAACGAGUCAGGUUCCAUCCGUGCACUUUCCCCGUCGCACAGAAGUCUUAAUCCUUGUCACAUUCCCGAGUGCCUUGACGCACCCGCUCCCCUCAGGCUUGGCCCCAGCCGCUAUUUUUCUAAGAGAUGAUUCCACUUUAUGAGCUCCGUGUAGCUGCAGACGGUUAUUGUUGUUAAGGACCAAAGUUCCCAUCCCUCCCCCGUCACUCCCCAAGCUUCCGUCUCCGCCGCCACCAGUCGCACCCCGAAUGCGACCUGUCCUGUGUGUUACAAAACGCCGACAUUGUUCCUGAUGAAAAUAUUCCAGUUUUGUUCAGAGCUUUUAUUUUCAGCUUUUUUUUUUUUUUGAUACCAUUCUGCGGGGGCGGGGUGGGGUUAUUGUAUGAAGCAGGUUGAUGAUGGUUGUAUAUAUUCAUGUUUUUGUACCACAAUCAUUUUGAUUCUACUUUACUUUUCAAACAUGUAUAUUUUGAUAAUACAAAUACACAACUAUUGAGCUAC